GUCACACGCGCCCAGACGUGAAAACAAAUCUUCUCCUCUCCCAAGCGAACCCAACACUGCCUCCUCCUCGUAAUACUGUUCCGACUUCCGAGGCGUCUCCGGUUGAGUCUCCUCGAUCGCCGCCUCCCCCUCCCUUCUCCUCUCCUCUCCUCCCCUCCCCUCCCCUCCCCGCGCGAUCAGAACCCCAUAUGGCCACCGACGACGACGACGACGAGGGGCUCCGCUUCUACGACGACGACUGCGAGGAGGAUGACGAGGCGGGGUGGCUGGCGGCGGAGGCCGACGAGGACGACGUCGGCCUGCUCGAGGAGGCCGACCUGCUGCUGCUGCUGCCGGACGACCGCCGCGCGGAUUGCCGGGCCAUCACACAAGAGUCACUUCCUGCUGCCCAGCAACAAGACUUGUCAGCAGUAAUGAACUUGCUCAACAUAAAGCAGCACGCUGCGCGCACGCUUCUUAUCCACCACCGGUGGAAGAUGCAUUGCAUCUACGAUCACCUUGACAGAAAGGGGCGAGGCCGCAUGCUCACCGAGGCAUGCAUUGUUCUGCCAGAGAAUAAUAGCAUGUCAGCAGCUGGCUCAAGAACACAUCCAACAAGGGUAACCUGCAAUGUAUGUUUUGAGGACCUGCCGAUCACCGAGGCCUCGACCAUGGACUGUGGGCAUUGCUUCUGCAAUGACUGUUGGACAGAGCACUUCUUUGCAUCCAUCAACAGUGGCUGCAAGCAGAUCCGGUGCAUGGAGGUGAACUGUAAGGCGAUCUGCGACGAAGACAUGGUGCGGCGCCUCGUCGACCAAAAGUACCCCGCCGCGUCGAAGCGCUUCAGCCGCCUCCUGCUGGAGUCCUAUCUCGAGGACAACGACUCCGUGAAGUGGUGCCCCAGCGCGCCACACUGCGGCCGCGCGAUCCAGGUAGCCGCCGCCGGCGACGAGAGGCACUCCGAGGUCGCCUGCCCCUGCGGCGUCGCCUUCUGCUUCAGCUGCACGGCGCCGGCGCACUCGCCGUGCCCGUGCCCCAUGUGGGAGAAGUGGGAGGCCAAGAGCCACGGCGACGCGGACAGCGUCAAGUGGAUCCUCGCCAACACCAAGAGCUGCCCCAGGUGCUCCAAGCCCAUCGAGAAGAACGGCGGCUGCAACCUUGUCCAGUGCAAGUGCGGCCAGUGUCUAUGCUGGCUGUGUGGAGCUCCUACUGGGAAGGAGCACACGUGGGAGAGGAUCUCCGGCCACAGCUGCAACCGCUACAAGGAGGAGGAGGAGGAGGAGGCCGGCGACAAGGUGGUGGACGCCCGCAGGCAGCAGAUGCAGCGGUACGCGCACUACUGGGACCGUUUCAACAUCCACGCCGGCUCGCGCGCGGCGGAGCAGCGGCAGCUGGGGCCGGCCAUCGAGCAGCGGGUGAGGAAGCUGGAGUCGGACUUCGCGCGGCAGCGGCUGAACCAGAACGGCGGCUGGCUGGGCACGGCGCUCCGGCGGCUGCUGUCCUCCCGGCAGGCGCUGUCGCGGUCGUACGCGUUCGCCUACUACAUGUUCGACGGCGGCGGCGGCGAGUUCGAGGCGCACCCGGCGGAGCGGGCGAGCCUCGCCGUGGCGCGGAACCUCUUCGAGGACCAGCAGCAGCAGCUGGAGCACCACGUGGAGCACCUGUCCAGGAUGCUUGCCGCGGACGUGCCGGAGGAGGUCGCCGUGGCGAAGCAGGACGCCGUCAACCUCGCCAAGAUCGUGGAGGCGAUCUGCGGGAAGAUGUACAGGUGCAUCCAGGACGAGCUCCUGCCGCUGCUCGUCCAGCCCAUGAGCAUCCCGGCGUACCGGCCGGAUGGCCCUGACAAGGCCGAGGAGUUCGUCCGGGCGUGACGUACUCACAAUGCAAGUCUUCCAUUUUUGAUUUGGAGCUGUUGCAGUGCUAACCGGAAAGCGGAAGCAUGUGGAUGAUAGCAGUUGAGCACGAUUAAGGAUAGUUACAAGGCCUCGCAGUUAGAAAUUAGAGCUGAAAAUAUAUCUUAUUAUUUUAUUAAUUCGAAAUUUAAGUAAUAUACUCCCUUGGAAAUGAUU